AUGGGCUUCCUUGGCAUCUACAAGGCCUUGUACGACUACACGCCCCAGGCCGAGGGCGAGCUGCAAAUUGCCGAGGGGGACCUGCUCUACGUGCUGGAGAAGAGCACUGAAGAUGACUGGUGGAAGGCCAAGAAAAAGGCGACCGGCGAGGACGAAGAGGAGCCCGUUGGCCUGGUCCCCAACAAUUACGUCGAGGAGGCCCAGCCCAUAGGGAAAGCCCGCGCGCUCUACGAAUACACGAGGCAAACCGACGAGGAGCUGUCGUUCCCCGAGGACGCCCAGCUGACCGUCUUCGACACGUCAGACCCCGACUGGAUCCUGGUGGGACACGAUGGCGACUAUGGCUUCGUCCCCGCCAACUACAUUGAGCUCGGGGAGGGCGCGGGGAAGCAGGACGAGGAUGAACCAGCCGCGCCUGCGCCGCCUCCGCUCCCGGCUCGGACCUCCACCAGCGAUGUCCAGAGCCCGCCCCUUCCUGCGAGGAAUCAGGCCCAGUCGGAGCCCAGCAGCCCGGCUACCCCUGCUGCACCUAAUCCCGCCGCCAUGAUUGCCGGCAUGAUGGCCGCCCGCGCGGGCUCGUCGCAGCAGCCCCCCGCGCCCCUCAAUCUCCCACCCCGGCAGCAGCAAUACGCCUCAGACGACUCGGACACCGAAGUCAAGUCCCCACCGCUUCCGGCCCGCCCGCGCGGGGACUCGCAGCUGUCCGCCGAGGCCCCCAGGGCGUCGCCGCCGGUCCAACACCGCGCCCGCAACGACUACGACACCACCGCCACCCCUAAGACCCCGCCCACUGCUCCCCUGACGCCUGGCGACUUCCACAUGUACAACAUCAACGAGAUGGUGUCCAUCAUGGGCAAGAAGAAGAAGAUGCCGACCACGCUGGGCAUCAACCUGCGGACCGGCAUCAUCCUGAUUGCCCCGGAGCACCCGCAGGACGGGCCCUCGGUUGAGUGGCCCGCAGACCGCAUGACGCACUACUCGCGCGAGGGCAAGCACGUGUUCAUGGAGUUGGUCAGGCCGAGCAAGAGCGUCGACUUCCACGCUGGCGCCAAGGACACCGCUGAAGAGAUCGUGGCCAUGCUUGGCGAGCUGGCCGGUGCCGUGCGUGCCGAGGGCCUUAGAGAGGUGAUCAUGGCCGGCACCGGCCAGAAGGCGAUCCAGCAGAAGAAGGGCGUCGUCCUGUACGACUUCAUGGCCCAGGGCGACGACGAGGUCACGGUCGGCAUCGGCGAUGAAGUCAUCAUCCUGGACGACACCAAGAGCGACGAGUGGUGGAUGGUGCGCCGCGUCAAGAAUCAGAAGGAGGGCGUCGUGCCGAGCAGCUACAUCGAAGUGACCGGCAUCCUCGACACCCCCGUGUCGUCGUCGACUGCCGGUCUCAACGCGGGCAAAUCCACCGUCGAGCAAAACCGGCUGGAGGAGGUGCGGCUGACCAAGGAGGCCAUCAAAGCGGCGCAGCGAGAGGACCAGCGAGAAAGAGAGAGGGACCAGGCGAGAGCUGCAGAGGUAGGCCCUGGCUUGCGUUUGCCCGAGCGGAGUAGUAGUCUGUCGGCCAGAAAGGGUAACACCGAGGCGCAACAGCGGAGCAGACGCGAGAACGGCCACGCUGAGGCUUCGGGCUCGUCCAGGUCCAGCGCCCCCAAGUCAAAGCCCGACCUCUCCAAAGUCCGCACCUGGACCGAUCGCUCCAAGGCCUUCACCGUCGAGGCUCAGUUCCUCGGCAUCAAGGACGGCAAGAUCAACCUCCACAAGCUCAACGGCGUCCGCAUCGCCGUGCCUGUCGCCAAGAUGUCGCUCGAGGACCUGGAAUAUGUCGAGCGCAUCACCGGCAUCUCCCUGGACGAGGACAAGCCGCUGUCUGACCUCAAGAAGAGGGCUGCGACCAACGAGAGGUCUCGCAGCGCGCCGGCCGCCAAGGUCGGCGCCACCGUCGAGCCCAAAAAGCCCGAGUACGACUGGUUCCAAUUCUUCCUGUCCUGCGACGUGCAGCCGGGGCUCUGCGAGCGAUACGCCCAGGCUUUUGCCAGGGAAUCGAUAGACGAGAGCGUCCUGCCCGAUGUUGACGCCUCCGUGCUGCGAAACCUGGGUUUCCGUGAGGGCGAUAUCAUCAAGGUCAUACGGUUCCUGGAUGCCAAAUAUUGCCGUGGAAAGAAGGGUGGCGCAGGCGACGAGGAGGCCGCUGGUGGGCUGUUCUCCGGGCCCGGGGGUGCCCUGCGGAACAACACCAGGAAAGGACGGCCGGCUCCGCCGGUGGAGACCAACAACACCGUCGAUCCGAAGGCCUUUUCACAGCAGAAGGAGGCUGCUCCGAGCGAGGCCAAAGCGCCGUCCCCCACCUCGUCAGCCCCCACGCCGGCCUCAAAGCCUACCAGUGGGUUUGACGACGACGCGUGGGAUGUGAAGCCUUCAAAAACCCCAGAACCAGCCGCCCAGCAAGCGUCGGCGCCGCCGUCUACAGCGGCUCCAACAACGGCCGCCGCCCCGGCCACCGCCCCGGCCGCCGCCUCUGCUGCCACCACGUCCGCUCCGAGCACAGCCAAGCUCACCGGAUCGCUGCAGGAGCUGUCACUGCUCACACAGCCGCUAACCCCGGAGAAGGUACAGACUCCGGCUCCGGCUCCGCCAGCGCUGAGCCUGGCGCCUGCGUCUGCCCCGGCUCCUGCCCCAGCGCCCGCCGCUGCUCCGGCGCAGAUCCCCCAGCCCACCGGCGCAACGCCAAACUUCUUCAGCGGCUUGCAACCGCCAGCCGUCAACGGACAGCAGUCGCAGUUCGCCCCGCAGCUGCCGCAGACCAUCGCACGUCAGAGACCCGUGGCUCCGCAAUACACGCAAGGUCAAGGCGGCCUGAUGCCCCCGCCUCCCCCAGCCCGACCACUGUCCGCGCCACAGGCCGUGCAGCCCAGCGCCUUCGCGCCGCCGCCGCUGCAGCCGCAGAUGACGGGCUACCCUCAAACCCAGGUCGCUCCCCCGGGCCAAAGCCUGAACGACCUCGCCCAGCAGCGUCUGCAGCAGCAGUACAACCAAGCCAUGCAGCAGCAGCUGAGCCAGCAGCAACAGCAGCCGAUGAUGCCGAUGAUGACCGGCAUGCCACAGCAACAGGGGGGCUUCCAAGUGCAACCACCAUUCAUGCCGCAGCCCACGGGGAUGCCCCUCCCGCCGCAGAGCGCCCCGCCCUUGCAAGCCCAGCCCACCGGCUUCAUGCCUGCCUUCCCGCAGCAGCAGCAGCAACCGCAGAUGACCGGCCUGCCGCCACCACUUGAGCCCCAGAGGACGGGCAUGCCCAUGUCCGUGCCAACAAGUGUGGGUAUGGGCAUGGGAAUGGGGAUGGGCAUGGGGGGGAUGGGCAUGCAGCAGCCGCAGCCGCAGCCGCAGCAGCAGCAGCAGCAGCCGACGGGCCUGCAAGCGCCGCCCAUGCAGCCGCUCAUGCCGCAGAAGACGGGCCCGCCGCCGCCCGUCCGGUUCGGCGUCACGCCCGACAAGACCAAGAAAUUGACUCCGCAGCCGACCGGGCGGAGGGCGAAUCUCGCUGCUGCUACGCCGGACAAUCCGUUUGGCUUCUGAGCUUUGAACCUGUGAGUUUUUCGCUCCAGGCGAUAUGGAUGCUUGCGGAUAGGGGCAAGUGGCGAAUCAUUGCAGGCGGUUCCUCCCCCCCGCUCAGUCAAUCAAGUCAGUCAGUCAGCAGAUUUUGCUGGUCCGAUCUACGCCGGUACAGCGCACCCGCCCCGCCCUCCACCCACUUCAGGGAGGUUGCGUUGAUGGAUGGAUGGAUGGAGGGGCGUUGGUGUUGGUUUGCUGGCAGCGGCGAGAAGGGCCUCCGGCAUCACGGCGGAAAGGCAGCCGUUACACCUUGCUCAGGGGCUAGUUGUGGGGAACGCCAGGGUUCCGUUCCCCCCCCGGGGGAGUGUAGAAGAGAUGUGGAGGAAGGAAGGUGUGGAAGAUGGGUGCGAGAGACUGGCUGUUGGAGUUGUAGCCAAAGAGGAGGGAACAGGGGAAGCAGAAAGAAAGAACGGGGGAUGGGGGAGGAGGGGGAGGAGGGGUGGUGGGAUGACAGUUGAAGCAUGGCAUGUUAACAUGAGCGCUGCGGCUGGCUCGACUUUUCACUGUUCCUGUUGUCGCUGUUGAAGCAACGCCCCCUUUUCCCCCACCGUUUUUUGGUUUGGUUUUUUGCAAAGCAUCAUCACUCUGCACGCUACGUUAUCUACCCACCUACCUAGCCUAUUCAGACCUAAGUACCUAUUUAGCUACUAUUCCCUGCCUGC